GUGAAAAUGGUGGUCGACAUGGAGUUACAGGAAGCUAAGGAUUAUGUUCUUCAGCUUAUGAAAGACAAAGAUAAAAUUGAAUCGGAUUUGGAGGCAUUAAAAGAAAUCUUAGAUAUUAAUCAUGUUGGCAUGGAAGAUUCAUUGGUGGACUGCGAAGGAUAUCCACGAAAUGAUAUUGAUGUUUACCAAGUGAGACAUGUGAGACAUAAGAUAAUAUGUCUCAGAAAUGAUCACAAAGCAUUGAUGAAUAAAAUAGAAGAAGGUUUACACAAAGUGCAUGCUCUAGCAAGAAACCAAACAGAAAGUCCAUCUCCAACUACAACUGUUAUUCAAGAUAAUGUACAGUUGGAUCCUUUCUUAAAAGUGAAUUUAGUAUCACCAGGUUCUCCAGCAGAUAUAGCGGGAAUCCAAGUUGAUGAUCUUAUCUUAGAAUUUGGUUCUAUCGAUUGUCGGAAUUUUAAAUCAUUAAAGGAUAUCGGAACUCUGGUACAAAAUAGCAGAUAUAAAACAAUAAAUAUAAAACUCAAACGCGGAUCUAAUAUCAUAGCCUUGACUUUAAUUCCACGUCCAUGGAUUGGUAAUGGUCUUCUGGGUUGCAAUGUAAUACCUAUAGAGUCUGUUGAAAGAUAAAAGCUCCUGAAAGAAAUUUUUAUUUAUAUGUUGAUUUUGUGUGUAUAUUAAUCAAUAAAAGAAUAUUUAUAAAUUAUUGUGUUUAUAAUUAUAAUUAUUAUGUUCAUAAUACACUUUUGUUAUGCAAUGAUCUUAGCAUUGGCAUUAAAUAAAUGUUAAGAUGUCAGGCACUCCUAAGAUGUUUAGACCUUGAAAUUUAAUACACAUAAUCUAUCAAUAUAAAUUCUUACUUGAGUAUUUGAAGUGGUGGAAUGGCUAUAAAAACUAGCAGAUUCUAAGAAGCAGCAGUUAGUUUCGAAAAGUAAUAGCAAGAUGCAUUUUCCAUUGAUUGCAACUCUCAGCUUAAUUUUCUGUGGAUGUCAAGUACUAAGUCAAACUAACGCUUAUGAGUAUUCUGAUCAACGUCCAUGGUCCUUUGUUUAUACUUUAUAUCCAUUCUAUAAUUCUGAAACAUUGCUUGAAGUUUGGAGAGGAGACAAAAGUAUAGAUAUCUCCACCAAUGUAGUAACUAUAGCUCCACAUGAACAAGAACAAACAGUCGUGUUUUCUGAUGAUGUUCAACGUAAUGGUACAAAUUUAAAAUCACAAGAUAAUUUAUCUUAUUUUUUAAGUGAAACAAAAAAUAUAAAUGAGGAACAAUUAUUAAAAAACAGACAGCGACUCUCUAACUAUAGAAACAGACAUAAAGAUACAACUCUUCAAAAUGAAUAAGAAGAUGUUUGGAUAUCAACUGGAUUUUAUGAUUUGAAAAAAUUUAUAUGUAUAUUUAUGCAUUAAAAUGAUGAUUUUAGAUAGUCAGUGCUGCUGUAUUUUGCACUAUAUUAUUAACAAUAAAAAAUUAUUUUGCUUGUAGGAAAUUAUAUUAGUAUUUGCGUUAAAAAAUUUUAUUAAACAUGAAGUAAUUUAUAUAUAAAAUUUAAAUAUUUU